UGGCAUGGAGGGAGGCUCGGGGCUGAGGAAGGGGCGGAGGGGGCGUGGGCCCUGAGGGCGGGACGAGCGAGGCCGAUGCCGACCGUGCGCCCCCCCCCGGAUGUGUCGCGGGAGUCUUCGGCGGUGUUGAAUUAUCGCUCCCACAGCCACCUCCUCUCGCACCCCCCCUCAUCACCCCCCCCCCCAAUCCUCUCCCCCACGUGGCCUCCAACUACAGACAGCGCCUCUACAGCGCUCGGCGAGGAACCAGCGGAGGCGGCCACUGCGCGCGCGUGAUUCCUCUAGCACGAGGAAGACGACGACGGCGGUGCGCGAACGAGGUCGCCCGCGUCCCUGUGAGCCCGGGAUCCGGGGGUACCCCCUUGCGGGGGGCAUGCACCCUGACGCGGCGAUGUACCGCGCCCUGGAGCUGCGCAAGCUGCAGCUGAGUAAAGCGAAGCUCAAAGCGUCCAGCGGGACUUCAGCUCUCCUCUCCGGCUUCGCCAUGGUGGCCAUGGUGGAAAUCGACAUAAAGGACAAAAAGGAGGGCUCUAAUGAAGACGCCAUCCCGCCGGGCCUGCUCGUGGCCUUCAGCAUGUGCACAACACUGCUGGUGGCCGUGCACCUGCUGGCGCUGCUGCUCAGCACGUGCCUCCUGCCUCACGUGGAGGCCGCCUGCAAUGCAUACCUCGCCGAGCAGAGCCUGCCGGGGACGAACGGCGGCGCGUCCCCGUGGGACGAGCCCCCUGCGGGCGUCGGAGCGGCGCCGGCGGGGCACAAGGCCGCCCAGGCGUUCCACCGCGACGCGUCGCUGCAGUCGCUGCAGGCGGCGACGGCGGCCGACAUGCCGGCGAGACCGGACAGGCCGCGCCACUCGGCCGGCCUGCCGCUGCCGCGCCUGCACCGCUACGUGGAGGUGGCCUGGCUGCUCUCCACGGCCGUGGGCACGGUGCUCUUUCUGCUGGAGCUCGGCCUCAUCUGCUGGGUCAAGUUCCUGCCGCUGAACAACGGGGGCGGCAUUAUGGCCGCGUCGGCCGCCAUGUGCGUGACGCUCCUCGCGCUCUGCGCCUUCGUGUUCGUGGCCGUGCGCUUCUACCUGACACUCGUGGGCCACACGGCCGAGCGACACUUGCGGGACAUCAAGGCGCUAGACAGGAUGCACGAGGAGCUGUCGUGCGACCCGGCCAUGAUGGGCCUGCAGGGCCAAAUGAACGUGUGACCCGCCCCCCUCCCUGCAGCGCGCGUGCCGUUUGUUGGCGGUUUGUGUUGCUGUCGCCUUCCAUUGUGCCCCGACCAUCUUCUCGGUCAAUUGUAAAAAGGGGUCCUGGGCUGAGUGUGGAGGUCGUUCAUGGUGAUGUCAUUUCGCACAAAACGUUCAGCGUGGGUGUGCGUGUCAUUCUCAGAAGAUCUAUUGAAUGAGCCACAUUUCCUUUUGCUCGGCUCCGAAACGUGGCCACAGGAUUUAGCUCGCAGACCUAACGCGCGGUCGUGAAGACGUGUUAAUUGGAACUAGUGUGUUCACUAACUUAUCGCCAUAAUAAUCCCUCCGACACCACUAGGUUUAAGCUAGGAUAGGAGUAUGCGAUGUACGUUGAGUGGCCAUGACCCUGGUUUAUCUGACAUCUUUCUUUCCUGACCCUCUGGAUGUAACUUGACCCCUACUUUAAAUACAUGACCCCUGGCUGUAACCUGGCCUCUGCAUACAUCUAACUUGACCCUUGGCUGUAACUUGACCCCUGCGGUGACAUGUGGCACUCACCUGACCUGCAGCUCUUUAUAACAUUGCAUUUCACAGCACAUCACAUCCCUGUUACAAUCCACAAACCCCUCGCCGGUCUCCCCAGCACCGCAUGCCGCCCACACUCGGGUGCCGAACGCUGAAGUGACUGUGCGAACCCCAUGCCCACGUCUCGUGGCACUGGGAACCGCAUGCCUAUGUCUCAGUGCAAUCCGCUUCGAUAAGAAAAGUGGAACUCGGAACUCCGUUUCCUUCCCACUUUUUCGGAGUUAGCAGAAAUUGCGCAUUUCCGCGGUCACGCCUCCAACCGUUUUUCAAAUGCCUUGUUUUGUUUUAUUUUGUUAAAUUCAGCCUCGUCCUCCCACGGUGUUGAGACUGCAAAGCUUUUCAAUGUUCGCACACAAGAGAGAGCCUUUCACGAUAGCCACAUUCGUGUGUGGGGCGGUAUGGGGUGGGGGGGGGCAUUCGCCAACCCUAAAAUCUUUUGGAAUAAUAUGGCCAAUGCAGUACAAGUUUACAUUUUUUAGAUGAAACCGCAUCUCAAGAUGCUGCACAAGUGGAGCCAUGCACAUAGAGUGAACAUUGGCUCAAACCAUAUCAAUAUAUACAGGACUGCAGAGCUUGGAGGAUUGCUUUUGGCGCUGGCUCACCGCCUGGCCGGCUUCGAUCUUGUCUGACUCAUUUGUCGAUUGUGAGAUGCAACAAGGGGGUCUCGUGCAGGAAUCGAACUUGGGUCCCUGUCUUCAUAGCGCAGUGCACUCACCCUUGCACCACUGCUCCGUCCGCCAAUUCACGUGUUCAGUCUUUUUUGUCAAUUUGCUGCUGGAUGAGGGGCCUUCUAAUACCAUGGAAUCUGCAUGUGCCGAGUGUAAUUGAGUGGCUGGGUGAACUGGGAGGGUUGGGGGGGCAUCACUGCUGAUCAUUGUGACUAUACACGUGCUGUACAUGGAGAUGUGUCACCUCCCAUGCUAAAGCCAUAAUAAUUUGAUUACACAGUAACCAAUAUAUUUUUUUAUAUCUAAAUAUGUAAAUAUCAUGCAAUUACACCUAACGUUUAACAGUUUUAGCGAACACAAACACCUACACAGUACUGUAAUUGCCAGUACCAAUAUUUGCUAAAAGUUGUGUAAUGCAAUAUUCCUUUUAAAAAUGUCUGUCCGCUGCUUUGAAGAUUUCUCCACAGUGAGAUGUGCACACAGCGUUGGGGCAAGUGCUGUUCGCGAGCAGCACCUAUGAAGGGAUGCCGUGGCCAUUACAAUGCCUGGCUGGCUCUUGUCUUCUGCUGAUGUUUACACACCGCUCCAGGCACUCAUUUAAAGCCGAGUCGACCUAGGAGAAGCUGCCCAGGUAGCAGUUCAGAUAAUCGCCACCGAUGUUAACCGUGGUAGGGAAUUGAACUCGCGUUGCCACGUUCGUGACGGUAGUGCGUUUACCACCACCACCCGACCGCCCCACACUACGCACAGGCCCCUACGCUCGUCAUGAGAUACAGUAUAAAUGUCUGUUUCGUAAGUUGUGUUGCUUAAGUUAUGUCUACUUAUCAAUGACUUUUGAACAUGGUUCAUAGAUGCAUUUCUGUUUUAUGGCAGUGUGAAUGCCUUUUGACUGGGGGUUGGGGUUUUUCUUUAUGGGUGCCAUGAGUCACCCUGUCCACUUGUGAUUCAAAUGGUCACGUUAUCAGGGUCCCGAUUCGAAUCGAUUAUUUUAUUUUUACACUGUGGCAAUAAUGUAGCAGCCAAUCGUGGCUUACUGGAGUUCAAGUGAACCCAUUACAUAUGACAUGUAUCGCCGUUUUAUAAUUCGUACAUGUAUCGAGAGAGAGCAAGAUUAAGAGUCGACAUUGAUCAAUGAAUCUGCAUAGUUUGCACCCAGCACAUAAUUUCAGUCGGAAUAAUUCGGGACUGUUCUUAAAAAAAAUAUUUUCACACCACGUCCACCUCAUCUCGUUGUGUCCUCAUUGUAACCAAUAUUCCUACAAACCGGUCCAUAUAAUUAUGGGAAUAUAUGGCACAGUGAUAUAGGAUUAUUAUGAGUGAUAGAUGCACUUUGCGCCUUUACACCCCUUACUCUGAACCAGCCGAGUUUGCAGCCUUCCGGAAAAUCUAGAGAGAAAUUACUACACCCUGGUUUAUUCCACUAGUUGUCAGCGUCUGCUGCAACACUUGCAUGUGUGCACACGCAGUAAUGAGUGACUGUGUAAUAAGACUGGCCAUACAUAGUAAAAAGCAAUAAUGGCAAAUGUAACCAGGUGUCCAAUGGACUCAUUGGG